CUCCUUGGUGGCAGGGAGCCAGCAUUUUGUGACAUGGCAGGAUCCACCUGUUUUCAUGCUGCUCUACGGUUUGCUGACGGCCCUGUCUCCACCCCACCCCAUGCCUCCCAGUUCAGCCAGAAGCACGUAGGAACUGGCGGCCCCUGCCGGCUACACACACGGAGGCUGCUGUUUUUGACCACGUCCUACCAUGCAUGUUUCUGUACUGUUCUGUGAUGGGCUUGCUGCCAUUUUUGGAAGCCACAAUAUCCACCUGACCCCAACUCUCGAUUCUGCAAGAAGUGCAUCUGUUGUUGCGUAAAGUACCAGCGUGAGCAGCAAGGCUGCGAUCGAGAGUUUGACUGAUGUCAAGCCAGAAGUGGUCUUGGAGCAUGGUUUCCAAUGACGCCAUUGGAGAAACAUGUAUCCAAUUUUUGCCUUUAAACCAAAAGCAACUGCCCUGGGAGGAAGACUAUAGCCCGAGCUCCCCAGAGACCACCUCUGAUACAGAAGAGGGUCUACAAACGGCGGAGGCUUGGAUUCAGGCGAGGAGGCAGUUUCGAACUGAGCUGGAAAGCUUAGGGGACAUUGAAAAAUGGCUGACUCAAAAACCUUCCCUCAGCAAUCAAGAAAGGAGGUGCUGGCAAAGAAUAAAGGCACACAGAGCAGACAGGAGGGCUGCUGUCAAAUCAGCUGUGACUGACAGCCUGGACCAUUCACCACAAAAACGCAGCCAGCCCUGGAAGAAGGGUAGGGUUCCCCUUGUUUGUGCACCAUACCCCCAGGCUCUUGGCACGCUGCAUGACCUCCUGGACAAAAAGAAGCUGAGCAUUGUGGGCAUAUUCAAGAACGCUGGUAUGGACGGGAGGAAGAUCAAGAGAGCAGACUUCAUUAAAGUCAUCAAGGAGACCAAAGUUUCCAUCAGCGACAAGGAUCUGGAGGAUGUGGUCAUCUUCUUGACUUCGUCAAAACCAGGGAAUUUUAUAAGCCUUGAAGAUCUGAUUGACUGUCAAAAGCAGUGGCUGGAAAUGAGGAAAGGGCAAUCCCAGGAUAGCAAAACCGGUGUAGGUGCUCAGUUCCAGAAAGCCACCUGCAAAACUGCCACUUGUCUACCUUCUUCUGGGGGCACAGCCAAAGGGAUGAAGCCUCAUGCUCCUACCAAGCCUGAAAGAAAGUUAAUACACUUGGAACUUCCACCAGUCAACACCGAGCCAGAACGACGGCAUCUGAGCUGUGACGAAAUGGAAGAGAUUGGAAAAAACUUGAGAGAGAGGAGACGGUGGGAGAAGAACAAAGACAGCCCGAUAGAACGGAAAGAAAAGUGCCGGAUGGUGAGAUCUGGGGAUGGCCCCAUUGAUGAGCACUGUCUGCCGUCAACUGUAGAGGCCGAUUUGGGAGAACUGGUUGACCGAUACCGUAGGAAUGCCGUCACGAGCUAUCUGAAGAGCUCCAAGCUGUGCAAAGAGCGCAAUGUUCACGUUGCCGAGCCAACGCUGCAGAAAGCCCUGCUGCAUCCAGGAGACAAGAUCAUCAAGGAAGGAGAAGACGUAAGGAAGAUCAGGCAGCCUGGAGGAUACUACAGCACAGGACGUGCUGAUGCUUCAUCACGUGGGAGCACCUCCAGAUCAGGAACUGCAUCUGGAAGCCAGGCCAAGGAGGCAGAAAAUAGGUUUGUUCAAAGAGGGCUGAAGAUCAGUUCCCUCCUGCUGUGUACCACCCCUCUGUGCUCAGUCCCCACGGCGUCAGAGGCAGUACCGAGGUAUUGGAGUGAGCCAUUAGGAUGCCGCAAGGCAGCGAGCAACAGCGAAGGGGCAGAUCCUCUUCUCAGCUACAUGGCCACUCCCGCGUUUUAGCUAAGUCAUUGGGUUGCAGUGGUGCUGGUGAACAGUUUGUGGUGCCUGGCAGGAACCUUGCAGACUAGCUGGGACUAGCUCUGUGCUCUGAACCACAGAGGUGGCAAAACUUCUCCUCAGACUGAGCCAACGCUUGUCUGAAAUCCCCUCAGAGAACGUUUAU